UAAAAUAGGGAAUCUAUGCACCGAUCAGAACCAGCAGCUGAAAAAUGCAAUUACUGAAAAGCGGAGCCCAUCUUGCCCUUGGAUGCGCAAAGUAUCAAAAAAUGGUCCAAAACGAACAAGGCUAAUUGUUUGAGGAAAAUGGCGUGAUAGCGGAGUAAACGUCACUAUACGAUGGUAUAUGGUGGUGAAAUUAUCAGGAAAAAGUAAUAAAAACUAGUAGAACAAGUAAACGUCAUUAAAAUUUUUGUCAGAAUGUUAACAACAAUGACAUUGAGGAAACAAUGAUGAGUCGUAAAUGAGGCAAUCGACCUGCAGUGACUGUGACAAGAAGUUACAAUGGGGAAUAACACUUCUGACGUGAAACUCUAAGGAGUGGUACAUACAUUACCUCUCGGUCAAUUAGCAGGACUGCUAAGACAAAAUGAAUUCCAGUGACGGCGGUGCAGAUCCAAGUAACGGAUGGCACGAGUGUGCCAGUUGGCUGACGAGGUGCGGCGCACUGCGGAGCGACCACAAGGCCAACUGGCCCAGUGCAACAGCGUUCGACCUGGCUUACACUCUGAGGGACGGCGUGCUCCUGUGCAAUUUGCUCAAUGCAGUCGACCCGGGUUGCGUGGACAUGAAAGAUGUGAAUCAGAAACCUCAACUGGCCCAAUUCCUUUGCCUUCGUAACAUCAAGAUAUUCUUAUCAGCCUGUUCCUCGGUCUUUGGACUCUCCGAAUCAGAAUUGUUCGAACCUUCUAUGCUGUUCGAUUUGUCUAACUUUCAUCGUGUCUUGUGUACUCUUUCCGCACUGUCCGUCUGCCCUCGAUUACAACGUAAAGGGAUCGAAGGUUUCUCUAUUGGACGUGACAGAUCUCAGGAAGAUAUUUACAAGGACUUGCAAAGUGCAGGUGUAGGGCGAGAGGACGAGGGUCGACGCCGAAGGUUUAGAAGGCGCGAGGGUAACGAGGCGGGUGUUGGGGGGGAUAGCCGAGAUCCUGUAGAGGAAGAAGAUGGCUACGGUGUUUUCUGCAGCCAUGCUCAAAGCGAAGAAAUUUACCAGGACCUCUGUAGUUUACACAUCCCUACCACUACCACACAGGGUGUGCCAGCAUCUGGAGGUGAAAAGCGUGACUACGUUGUUCAAGAGCUGGUCGAAACUGAACGCAACUAUUCUGAAGUAUUGGCAAACUUGCUGAGACAUUUCGCUCGCCCUUUGUCUCCACUUCUUCGCCCUGAAGAUUCAGCUUGUAUUUUCUUUGGGAUAGAAGAACUAUCAAAAAUUCACACAGGUUUUCACAGCCAGUUACGCAUUGCUCGAAACGGGGCAGACCUAGCAAGAAUAUUUUUAGAUUGGCGGGAAAAGUUUCUACUUUAUGGUGAUUACUGUGCCAACCUCACCUUAGCCCAAAUUACAGUGCGAGAUGUUUGUCGCAAUGAACUCAUCAAUGAAGUAGUAAUCAGAUGCCAGGAAGAAGCUAAUAACGGAAGAUUCAAACUCCUCGACAUAUUGUCCGUUCCGAUGCAAAGGAUAUUGAAAUACCACUUAUUGUUACAAAAAUUAGUAGAAGAAACUCCUCGUGAAUGGAUCGAAGACCGUCGACAACUAGAGAAAGCUAGAGAAGCUAUGGUAGAUGUAGCACAAUACAUAAACGAAGUAAAGCGUGAUUCGGACACACUGGAUCUCAUUAGAGAUAUUCAAGCUUCAAUCGUAGGUUGGGAUGUUACAGAGGAUACACAGCUCAAGAAUUACGGGCGUUUGCUCAAAGAUGGAGAGCUGAAGGUAAAAGCUCACAACGACCAACGGGUGAAGGCACGAUGGGCAUUUGUUUUUGAGCAAGUGGUACUGAUUUGCAAAGCAGAAAGAGGAGAUCAAUACUGCUACAAGGAAACAUUGCGCUUGGAUGACUACAGAUUGGAAGAUCAUAUGGAAAGACGGACUAUGGGUCGUGAUUCUCGAUGGUCUUAUCAAUGGCUGCUGGUUCACAAACAAGCCUACACUGCCUAUACCUUGUACGCUAGAACUGAUGAUCAAAAGAAAGCAUGGAUCAAAGCAUUACGAGAAGCAAUGGACAACAUUAAUCCAGCCGCAUGCAAAUCCACAGAUCAUAAAUUCAAACUAACCACAUUUGAUACUGCACGAUAUUGUCAGCACUGUGGGAAGUUUCUGAAGGGCCGAAUAUUUCAGGGAUACAGAUGCACAUCUUGCCGUUUCUCAGUGCAUAAGCAAUGUAUUAUGUAUUCGGGUCGUUGCACGCCUGUGCCACCACCGCUACCAUGUGAACUUGCCUUGUCUCCGAAACUGUGGUUUGUGGGUGAAAUGGGCAGGGACACAGCAACUUUAAAGCUGGAACAUCGUGAAGAUGGUACCUACAUGUUAAGAAUACGACGUGCAGGCCAGCCUCGUCUUGGAAAUGAAACUAGCUAUGCGCUUAGCAUUAAGGCAUAUGGAAGGGUGAAGCAUAUAAGGGUGUUUAAACGUGAAGCAGAUGGUGCUGUGCAUUACUAUCUAAGCGAAUCGCGGUUUUUUAAAAGUGUUGUCGAACUAAUAGAGUACUACGAGCGAGCUUCACUGGCAGAAAACUUUGAGGAUUUGGAUCAGCGGCUGCUCUGGCCAUUUAGGCGAGUUUUAGCCAAGGCGCUGUUUGACUUUAGAGGAGAAGAACCAAAUCAAUUGAGUCUACGUCGAGGCUGCCGAGUAGUUGUGCUUAGUAAGGAAGGAGAUGCCAGGGGUUGGUGGAAAGGUAAAAUAGGCGAUCAAGUUGGAUUCUUCCCUAAAGAAUACGUUGCCGAAGAAUGAAUUCCAGAUGUUCAAAUUAAUUUCAUAGAUGAUCGAUGUCUGAAUUCUCAGUGUAACAGUAUAGCAUGUAAAACAUUCAGUUCAACGUUACCCAGAUAACAAUAAGUGGCUAUCGGUUUACUGCUAUGAAAAAAAUUGUAUUUGGAUUAGAUUCGUCCAUCUACACACAGCGUUAAAAACGCACGAAAAUACGGAUUCGGUGAUACCUGGAUCACUUGUAUAGUAGUUAGAAUGAGACUUCUGAUAGCACAGCUCAAAUCACUUAUUUAGUG